AACAAUAAUCAGCUGAUGUUGAAAUGUCAUCUGUCAUUUUGUGGAUUAUUGUGAAUUGAUUAAAAUAAUAAUGUCUGGAGUUGAUUUUAAAUAUAAUACAGAUCCUGAAUCUUUGUACGAUAUCACGUUGAAAUAUGUCGUUGAAAAUAUUGAUAUUCUGUAUGAAGAGUAUCUGAAUUAUGAUGAUAAAAUUGACUUGAGGCUUAGGAAGGAUUUUAGUCUGCCGAGGGAGCUAUGUGAGAGGUUGAUAGAAUACCACAAUGACUAUGGCUACGAAACUAAUGACAAAUUUGCAAAGCUCUUUACACACUUGGAGAAUACAAAAUUAAAACAUGUCACUUUAAGAAAUUCUAUGAUGACUGAUUCCGGCCUCCAGUAUAUUCUAAAUCAUGAUCUGGUCUCUUUACAAUUAUCGAACUGUACUAAAUUAACAUCUCAAACUUUAAGUAAUAUAAAUUUGCAUUCAAAGAAUCUGACUUGUCUGAGUUUUGGAAAUGAUACAUCGAUUAUACCAACUUGCACAGCUGAAUCGAAUUGGCUCAUAUUCAGAACUACAGGAUAUGUUAUACAAGCUCCUGUUCUUAAAAAACUGACAAUUCGAGAUAUAAAUUUGAAGUUAUCAGUGUUGUUGUCAAAUUUAAAGAAUUUAACGUACUUAGAUCUAUCACAAUGUCAUAUCAGAGGCGAGUUUACACAUUUAGAAAAAUUAAAGUCUUUGAAUUGUCUAAUUUUGUAUAAUGUGGACCAUUUGGAUGAAGCUAUAGAUACACUUUGUCGAUUAACAACUUUGCAAUGUCUUGAUUUAUCACAGUCCAGCGAGAGAGCCAAUCUUUAUGAAGAUGAAAACCAAGUUUUAGCCAAGUUGAUUGAUUGCUUACCUCGAUUAACCCAUCUGGACAUAUCUGGUACGAAUCUAGCAGGUACAGGCGUAGCCAUUGAUGAAGAGGAUGAGAAUUUCUAUGAUGCUGAUUAUUUUGAUUGCGUCUCUGAUAUUCCUGGAUUAAGUAAACGGAUGAGAAAUCCUUUGGAAUUUCUAGGAUUGUAUGGUACACUGCACUCAGCUUGCCAGAGGCAUGAUAUUCCUGCCAAAGUUAUAUCAGGAGAUCACAAUGAGAGACAAAUUUUAGUAGCAGCUCAAGCGUAUCAGGAGCGACCUGAUAUUUUAACAAAAGUUUUGAAUGAUUUGUAUCAUUUGUUACGGUUUGAAAACUGUUCUGAAGUUUUGAGAGCUUUAACUGCAGUUUUAACAGCAAUGGAUCGGCAUGUGUCUUGCAAACAUAUACAGAUUUCUGGCAGUGCAACGUUGUUCUAUAUAGUAAAAGGGAAAGAAAAGACUCAAAUUGGUUUAAGAAUGAGGCAACAUAUUAUCAGAACUUUGUUAAAUGGAAUGGCCAAACAUCUUGAAGAUGAAACAAUGAUGAGAAAUGGAUGCUUAACAUUGUGCCAAUUCAAAUUGCCGCAAGAUGUUUUAUUCCAAUACGAAAAAUUAGUGAAAAUCCUCCUCCAUGGUGUCUCCGAUUCCGACCAAGGGGGCUUCGUUCAACGAAUAGCGAUUUAUUUAUUAAAUUCGCUGGCUUGUCAAGUGGAUAACAAACAAAAGCAGUGCUUGGGCGAUAUGGGGGCUAUUUCUAAAAUGUUGUGGAUUAUCAAAAAUCGUAUAUUGCGGCACAUUUGCGAUGAUGUCCUGGAAGUGGCCUGGUCAACAAUGUGGAAUGUCACUGAUGAGACACCGGCUAACUGUUUGAGAUUUUUAGAAGGCGAUGGAAUGGACCAUUUUAUACAGUGUCUCAUUCAAUUUCCAUUUCAAGAAGAACUGUUGAGAAAUAUGAUGGGGCUCUUAGGAAAUGUAGCUGAAGUCAAAGAUAUUCGGCACAGACUGAUGACUGCUAGCUUUAUUAAAGUUUUUUCUGAUUUAUUGGAUUCAAAAAGUGAUGGCAUUGAGGUCAGUUACAAUGCAGCAGGUGUGUUGUCACACUUGGCCUCCGAUGGCCAAGAAGCUUGGGCUAAGGCUGGUCUAGAAAAGGAACGAGAUGAUGUAUUGCAAAAGAUGACAAAGGCCAUAGAGCGAUGGAAUCUUUCGGCUGAGAGAAACAUCAAUUACAGGAGCUUUGAACCAAUCAUGCGUCUGGUUAGAUGUUAUGAUACCCCUGAAUGUCAACAUUGGGCUGUUUGGGCUUUGGCAAAUUUAACUUUAGUUUAUCCGACGAAAUAUUGUGAUCUGUUUGAAAGCGAAGGGGGCUUAGUAGAACUGGAGCGUCUCAUAAAAGAUGAUAGGCCUUAUGAAUCCGUCAAACAACUCGCCAAAAGGGUUCUAGAGAAUUGUUCUGUUAACAAAAUGUAUCCUGAUAAUCCUCCUGCAAGAGUUGAAGCAAUGCUUCUUGAUGGAUAAGUGGAAGGAAAGUAAAUUUUGUUGUACAUAAUUUUUAUCUGAGAAUCUUUAGUUGGUGUAAAAGAUGAUACUAUAAACUUUGGCUCCACUAAGUAUGGUAUAAAUAGUGUAGCACUAAGAGUGUGUACGGUAACUGAAUAUUUUUUGAAUUUCUUUCAUGAUUGAGAUUACUGUUGAUGAAUUUGUUGAGCUUUAUGACAAAUAUUAAUUUAUUGACAUUGAUACAAUUUUAUUAUUGAAAGCGAAUGGAAGUUCUUUUAAUAAAGGAUAUAUAAUUAUAAAUUGCAAUAAUAUAUAGUAAAACCCUGUCAAGACGAUUUGUCUGAGACCUGAGCUGGUCUUAAGUGAUAAAGUAAAGUUUAAUAUGC